CGCCAAUCCACUUUGAAAACUUCGACCAAAUAUCAAUUGGAUCAUGUUUUUGACUCAGUGUCAGGUGCUUUUAGUUGCUUGUAGCAGAUCAUAUCACCCAACUUGUUGUUUGAGUGAGAAAAGACCAUAUUUUGUAAAUUCAAGUAGAUUCCAUUUACAUACGUUUUGUUGGAGGAAGAGGAGUACGGGUUACAAAGCUUUUGCAGUUUGGGUAUCAUCGAAGGAUAGAGAAAACCCGUCGUCUUUGAAUGGAACCAAAGAUUUGGCAAACGAUUCUCAAUUACCAGUCAAGAAACCAACUUUAUUGGAUAGUGCUGUAGAAAGUUCUCGUCAGCAAAAGUCCAGAUUAGAGUCUUUGUCGAACAGUUAUCUCAAUACAGGGGAGAGUUUGGAAGAAGAAGAAGAAGAAGAACCUACUAGUAUUCGACAGUUUAUGGGAGAAUUGUGGGAGGAGUUGAAACAAGUAGAAUGGCCUACUUUGAAACAAGCUCUUCAGGAACUUGUCAUCCUUUCUUUGGGUAUUUCUGUGGUAGCAGGGUUUAUAUAUUUGGUAGACGCUUUGUUUAGUUAUAUAGCUGCAAUAUUGUAUUUGAAAUGAACAUAGAAAAGACUUUUGCAUAUUUCCAAGUUUACUGUGUUGGAUUUUGGCAUAUUUCAUUAUAUAUAAUAUAAUAUAAUAUAAUCAUCUCUCAAUAA